UUCUUAACUGUAUUAUCUAUCUUUCUUUCUGUGUCUUUAUGUAUACACCGUGUUUGCAUAUCGCAUGCCUUCCUCUGCUCCCAAAGAAGCUCAAAUUACAGAGUUUCGGAUCAGAUUCUUAAGUUCUUGAUUGAUGGACUCAUCUUAGUUUAAUUUGCUCUGUAGGAACGAAAAUCGGGUCAAAUGUCUAUGAAUCAAGCUUAAUUGGAGCUUCCAGGACAAGCGAUCGAGUACUAUAUAUAGAAACAGCUUUUUGUAGUCUGGAUUUGUCAGUUCCGCACAAAAAUGACGACUUACUUUUAUGGAAGCCCAGAAAUCCAAGCUGCAGCUCCACCUCCUGAAGGAAUUCAGACCCUUUAUCUCAUGAACCCUAAUUACUUAUCCUACUCCGACACACCACCACAACAAACUUCAAACAUACUAUUUUUCAACCCCCCUUCAAACGCGCUCAGCCCAACGAGCAUACCACACGCGCCACCACAGAACCACCACUUACUGGGCGUCCCGCUCCUUUCUCCCAAUUCGAACGAUCCCAGCCGUCCGUCGUCCCAUCACGGAAUCGGUAUGCUGAACUUUCAGAACAACAUGUGGGGUUCUCUGGAUCAAAGUUCAGCUGGAAUUGUUUCUACAGUAGUGUCGGUGGGGGCACAAGAUGUACGGUCACAAACGCAGCAAGGUCUGUCGCUUAGCCUUUCGUCGCGACAGAAGUCAAUUGGUGGGGAACACGAAAUUCAACGGCACGGUCGUGGUGGUGGUGAUAUGAGAGUUUCUAGAGAAUUAUCGCCACCGUCAGUGUCGGUGGCGUCGGAUGGGAUUUUCAGGUCUAAGUAUUUGAGGGUGAUACAAGAGCUACUUGAUGAAGUUGUUAAUAUUGGGAAGGAAAUAAAGAGUAGUGACCCUACAGAGGGUAAUAAAGAGAAGAUGAAGAUGAAUAAAGAAUCUGUGGCAGAAGAUGGUUCAACUGCUGGUGGUGCUGAUGGUAAUGGUAAACGAGUUCAAGAACUCACAACAGCACAAAGGCAGGACCUGCAGAUGAAGAAGGCAAAGCUUGUUAGCAUGAUUGAUGAGGUUGAGCAAAGAUACAGACAAUACCACCACCAAAUGCAGCUGGUAGUAUCUUCAUUCGAGCAAGCAGCAGGGCUCGGCUCAGCGAAGUCAUACACAGCUCUUGCAUUACAAACUAUUUCAAAGCAAUUCAGGUGUCUUAAGGAUGCAAUAUCUUCACAAAUAAAGGCCACAAACGAGAGCUUAGGGGACGAGGAUUGUUCAGGAGUGAAGAUUGAAGGCUCAAGACUCAAGUACGUAGAUCAUCACCUUCGACAACAGAGAGCUAUUCAACAGCUAGGAAUGAUCCAACACAAUCCUUGGAGACCCCAGAGAGGAUUGCCUGAACGAGCAGUUUCUGUCCUUCGCGCUUGGCUUUUUGAACACUUCCUUCAUCCUUAUCCGAAGGAUUCGGACAAAGUCAUACUUGCCAAACAAACAGGGCUUACUAGGAGCCAGGUGUCUAAUUGGUUUAUAAAUGCAAGGGUUCGACUAUGGAAGCCGAUGGUCGAAGAAAUGUACUUGGUAGAAAUGAAGGAGCAAGACAAAAAUGGUCCUUCUGCGAAUCAUGCAAGCGCCAGCAACAAUGAGCAGCACAAUAAACCCGGAUCAACUUCCAAUAUUGUUCCUGAGGAGAGUACUUUUGGUGCAAAGGCACGUCAAUCUGAGCCAGAAAAGCUGAAGAAUUCCCAGAACCCAAACUCCUCUCCUAGUGAAUUUCCUAACCCUGCGAUCUCGACAUCCCACAUCAGAGGAUCAAUUCCACAGCAACAAGGCUUCAACAUUAUUAGAUCAGCUGAAUUGGAGGGAACUAGUCAAUUUAGUAAACGGAGAAGCAGUGACAUCAUGCACAACCCUCAGAGUAGCUACUCGUUCGUUACAAACGCUACUAGUACUGAUCAUGGUGGUGGUGGAUUUGACGGUUACUUUAGUCCUGAACAGUUGGGGUCCAGGUUUAAAGGGAAUGGUAAUGUUUCACUAACUCUUGGACUUAGUGAGAAUCUAUCUUUCUCAGCAAGUCAACAUAACUUCAUGUCCGGUCAGAAUAUUCAGUUGGGGAGACUUGAUAUGGGCAUUACUAGUGGUACUGACUUUUGUGGGAUAAACAACAAUUCGCAGAAUUCUCAUUCUACUACAGCUGGUUUAGAAGACAUUGAAGUUCAGAACAGGAAGAGGUUUGUUGCACAACUGCUGCCAGACUUUGUGGCCUGAGAACACGCACUUCAUGUUCUUGGAUUAUGGGAUUACCUCCUGAUUGAUCUACUGGUCCUAUACUUAGAUUGUAACUAGCUCAUAAAGGAGAAGCAAAAGCAGUACAGCCAAGCUAUACUCGCAGAGUAUAAGUACUCUUACAUUGUGCAUAGUGUUUAGUUUAAUGAUUGAUGAUUUUAUUAUAUAUGUAUAUCUUGGUGAUACUGGAAAUAGAUAUAGAUUGGAAAUACAAACCCUAUAUACAUAA